GUUUUCGAUUGAAACAGAGCCAGAGCAGAGAAGAAGAAGCAGCCGGCGGAGGAAGAAGAUGAAGUCCAAUCCACGAGUGACAUCGUCUCGGAGGAAGAACCGGAAGGCGCAUUUCACGGUGCCGUCGAGUGAGAGACGAGUGAUCAUGAGCGCACCGCUCUCGGCGGAGCUACGGCAAAAGUACAACGUCCGAUCGAUUCCGGUGAGGAAAGACGACGAGGUACAGGUGGUUCGCGGAUCUUUCAAAGGACGCGUGGGUAAGAUCGUGCAAGUUUACCGGCGAAAAUGGGUGAUUCACGUGGAGAGAAUCACGAGGGAGAAAGUUAACGGAACGACGGUGAAUGUUGGAGUGAAUGCAUCAAAGGUUGUGAUCACGAAAUUGAAAAUUGAUAAAGAUCGGAAAUCGCUGCUUGAGAAGAAAUCCAUGGGACGUGUUGCUGCGGAUAAGGAGAAAGGGACCAAGUUUACGCCUGAGGAUGUUAUGCAAAACGUCGAUUAAAAAUCAGAGCUUUUCAUUUAUUCUUUUUUGCUUACAUUUUAGCUUUUUUUUUUUUAAAUUGAACUAUUUUGUUCUUGAGCUGAUAAUUUUGAUUUUGUUUUAGUUAUAUUCUGAUUAAUGAUC